AUGACUAUAAUUGGAGCUGUUCGUUUCCUUGAUCAUUUCAGCGAUCUUUAUGGCAACAGACUGACUGUCUUUGCUCGGAGAAAGUCAGAUGCCGUUCUGAAAGCGGUGCUCAGAACAUUCUCACUUCAGUGGCUAUCUCCUAACGAUUCUUCCACGGAGGCUCAAUUGACCACCAACUACAACACUACGGUUGGCAGAGACAUGCCGCGCGAUCCACCGAUCGACGCUUUUUAUGAUAGUUGGUUUCAGGCGCGAUCACUUAUUCAUAGUGCGCUUUCUGUUCAGUCCUUCAGAGUUUUAUAUGCCAUCUUCAUGUUCGAUGGCAUCUCUAUCCCAGCGAAGGCGAGCGGUGAGACACUCUUGGCUCAUGAAUUUCUUGAAGUGGGGUUGCAGAAGCUGAAUUGCUUGACUGAGCUAGUUGAGCAGUACUGCAUGAACCUGGGACCACAUUCUACAUAUGGCGCUAUGAUGGAGGCUAGCCUGAGCGUUGUUCGAUGGUGUGCUCACGUUCGUGAUAUAGGGGCAGCACUCACAGCAGAUCACCUAUGCAAGCUUUCUGAUGCUUCAAGUAACAACAAAGAUCGAGAGACUUCUUCCACACAUGAGCCAAUGUCAUCUUAUUCCUUUCAUCAAAGCUUUAAUCGAGACUUUGAUGACAAUGUUCCGGGUAUAUGCCGUACAGCAGUUGCGGAGGCCUUCCGUGUCUGGAAACAAAUAGUUGCAAUAAAAGGCUCCCUAUCAAGCCCGACCAAAAAUGACAUUGAAUCAUGCCCACAAUUGUCUACAGACAUUACCUUAGCGAUCACGGCAGUUGGUAAAUUUCGGGAAGUGUUUGGCUCUUUUUUGGACUUCUGUAUAGGAAACCUUGAAUAUCUUUCCAUGCGCUCAAGAUUGUCUGCUGUGUCUAUUUUGACGUUCUGGAACCUUGGUGUAUUUGUUCUCACGGAGACUUUGAAACCUACUAUGACGGCAAGAGACCCAGUUUGCAGUCACAGUGUCUUUUCGAAACUACAAGUAUACAACGAGGAGGCGGCUUUAUCAGUGACGCAGAUAGUAGAGUACGUGCUCUCGCUGCCUUUUGAGGAGAUCUUCAACCUCCAGAACGGCGUUAGUGCUGAGGCUUCGGUACUCUCGUACCAUAUCACCCCUACGCUGGUAGCGGCUACCUUCCAAAAAGCUAUCGAGAACAUACUCAAUAUGCAGUUAUAUUUGCCUUGUGGUGUGGGCACACUGGAUGAAAGGUCGCUAAGCUACAAUGCCGACUUCACCUGGAAACAACAUAUCGAUACCAUACUGAAAGGUCUUGUCUCGCUUGAUGCUACGAUCGGUGGAUCACAGGCCUCGGCUGUAGCAAUACGAAGUCUAAUGCAAAGUCAUGGGGAUAUUAUAUCAGAGUGUUGGUCUUCCGACUUUGAGACUUAA